UGAGAGUGUGUGUGUGUGCGUGUGUAAGAUAAACGGCCGCAAAGUGGCGGAAAAACGUAAAAAUCAUUCAUCGUCGUCGCCGUCGUCGUCCUCGUCGUCGACCUCGUCGACCAGGUCGUCCUCGUCACCUGCCCCACCAGCCACGCAGAGACGCAAAUCCAACGAAGGAUCGGCGGAGCGAGAGACGGAGACCACAGCUCUUUCCCAGAAACAGCAACCGCCAUCAUCCAUUCGCAUAAUGACCAGCUCAGCGAUUUUGGAGCGUACCCCGACUAAGCGGCCAAAUACCACGGCCACAGGGGAGCAGGGCAGCAGGGAGCGAGAACGGGAACGGGACCGGGAGCUGAGUAGUGGGCAUAGCAGUGGAUUGGGUAGUGCUGGCAGUCUACCCGCCUCGCCGCAGAGUGCGGUAACAGUUAGUCCUGCCACGCCUACAACGCCCACAACACCAAAAAGGCCAUUACGCACAUCAACGCCCUCAUCGACACUAGAAAGUGGAAGCGAACGAGAGCGAGAACGUGAAAGGGAACGAGAACGGGAACGGGAACGGGAACGGGAGCAAGAUCGUGAACGGGAACGAGAACGUGAUCGUGAUCGUGAACGGGAAAUCCGUCCAAUUAAAUUGAUAAGCACAGCCAGCACAACAGUACCGACAACAACAACUCCCUGCGGCACAUUAUCGGCCACAGAGCAAUUGCGUAUACCGACAGGAGCCGCUGCAUUCAGUGGAUUUCCCGGAUUGCAUAGCAUGAGCAGUCUAAUGGUGCCAUCAUCGGCUGCCGUUGCGGCAGCUGCAGCCGCCCCCUUCCUGCCCUGGUCACCCAUUUUAUUGCCGCCAUGGAGUCAUGCCCUAUUGCCGGCCGCCUUUUAUCCAGCAGCUUUGCGAAAUGCUUUGCCCGGUCUGUUUGAUGCCAAGGUCCCAUCAUCGCAACGCUCGGGUUUUCACAUAUCGGAUAUACUCAAUUUGGAUGGCUCGGAACUGAAAAAUGCCGCAGCAGCCGCUGCAGCCGCCGCCCAUCAUCAUCACCAUCAGAGUCAGCAACAACAUAGCACCGAACUGAGCUCGGCGGAGGCCACCAAUGGCCAUGGGCAUGGACAUGGCCAUUCCACAGUGCCCCCCACGGCCAAUCUCUCGCCCACGACCAAUGCCACAAGCCUGACAGCUGCCAGCGUUGAGAGCACGGAACAUGGAGCGACUCCCGCCUCGGCUGCAGCUGCAGCUGCUGCCACAGCAUCCUCACAUGGUGGUCCAGAGGGUCAUCAUGGUCCUGCCACAGAACAUCACACUCCAAUCCUUCAGCAUCAACAUCAGCAGCAGCAGCAACAGCAUCAACACCAGCAACAGCAGCAGCACCAGCAACAUCAGCACCAACAGCAAUCACAUCAUCCACAUCCCCUGACGCAUCAUCAUCAACAGCAAGCCCCAUUGACUCCCUUAACCCUAUCCCAUCAUCAUGCCGGCACCGAUGCUGGACAUGCUGCCCAUGCGGCAUCAGCGCAGGCCGCUGCCCAGCUGCUGGCCAGCCAUAAUGCAGCGGCCGCUGCUGCUGUGGCCGCUGGACAAUAUUUGCCCAAGAAUUUCGGCGGCAGCUUCACCGAUGAGAUGUCCUCGUAUCAUCACAUGGCACAGACAAUGCUAUCUCACACGGGACGCAGUGCGUGGAUCAAAGAGAAUGAGCUAUAUGGCACACAACAGCCGGCUAGUCCGGAUAGCACUUCGCCAGUUACCUCGGAAGUAUCCUAUACAUAUAUUGGAUCCAAUUGCCAAACUUCACCCGCUUUAUCGGGCGAUUAUAAGAGCUACAGUCGUUCAGCCGAUAGUGAUGCAUUAUCGGUGGGCGAUGCUUUGCAUACGAUGCAUGGCGCCAAUUCUGGAGCUCCGACGGCGGCGCAUGCCCUGCACAACAACAACAACAAUAAUACCAAUAACAAUAAUAAUAAUAAUAGCUUGAAAAACGAUGCCAUCAGUCACGACGAUAGCCUCAAUGAGGAUGGCAUUGAGGAGGACAUCGACGAUGUCGACGAUGGCGAUGGCAGUGGAGCAGCAAAUGGAAGCGAUGGCAUCCCAAAUAAAAAACGCAAACGACGUGUCCUCUUCACCAAGGCCCAGACAUACGAGUUGGAGCGUCGUUUCCGCCAGCAACGCUAUCUGAGUGCCCCAGAGCGUGAGCAUUUGGCCAGUCUGAUACGCCUAACGCCGACCCAGGUGAAAAUCUGGUUCCAAAAUCAUCGCUACAAGACAAAGCGUGCCCAGAACGAGAAGGGCUACGAAAGUCAUCCGGGACUAUUGCAUGGACAUGCCACACAUCCGCAUCAUCCGUCGGCCUUGCCAUCGCCGCGACGUGUAGCCGUCCCCGUCCUUGUUCGCAAUGGUAAACCCUGCCUGGGCGGCGGUGCUGAUCCUGGCAGUAAAUUGGCACAGGAUUGUGUUAACUCAGCCACAGCGGCCAUGCAGAAUGCAGCCGCCCAUCAUCUGGUGGCCCUCAAUGGAGCUGCAGCCUAUCAACAUGUGGCAGCCGCAGCAGCCGCCGGCCUUCAUGCCCAUGCCCAUGCCCACGCCCAUCCCCAUGCGCAUGCCCAAAGAGCAGCCUGGUGGCCCUAAUAUUGUUAGGUUCUCCAGGAGCAGCAGCAGCAAGUAGCAGCUAACUGGAAACUCGAAUAAUUGUUUGGUUUGAGUUUCAAUCUUUUCAUGUGUUUUUUUUUUCGUUUUCGUUUUCGUUUUCUUUGUUCUUCUUUGAACAAUUUCCCAACUUGGUGCAAUAUCCAAACUCAAGACCAACUUAGACCAGUCCCCCAAAAGCUACUACAACACAUUGCUAAGCUCCUCCUCCUUAACAAAACAAACAAACAAAUACAAAACAAAAAGAAAGAAAAGAAAAGCCAA